CGCUUUUUUCUCCUUUCUUCUGCUUUUCCAUAGGAGACGCAAAAUCAAAUGCAGUGGCACCCGGCCGGCGUGCGACCACUGCCUGCGACGCAGCAUCCAGUGCGUAUACAAACCCCUGGCGCGCUCGACGCGGCGCUCAGGCUCGCUGACGACCAACCCCUCGGUGUCUCUGCAGAUGCCGCCCAGCUACGACUAUUCAGGGGCACACCCGAUCACGAUCCCCAUAGGGCCACAGCACGCGACCAUGUCAGCAUUCCACGGCGCGCAGUACAGUAGCGCACCACAGCAGAUCACAGCGCACAUGUACCAGCGGCAAAUCCGGCCGGCGAACGCGCUCCCAGCACACAUGUGUAAUAUGCAGUCGGGCUCGACGCCCUCGCCCUUAUGCUCGCCACAGCUCAUGUACAUGUACGGGCUGGGCGACGGCAUGAGCAGCCCGGGCAGCUUCUCCUCAGUGCACAGCGACUUGUCGGACCUGGCAACCGCCCACGGGUGCCUGCCGAGUGUUGCUACACCCGGCAGCGUGGUUGAGGAUCCGAUGAACUUUGCCAUGUUCGAUACCCAGGGAGUCGCGCAGAUGAGCCAGCCGGCGAUGUCCGUCGGCACGCCAAUGCAGGAUCUCACCAGCCUGCAAUCAGAGAUGGCCGGGCUUUCGCUGCCGAGCCAGUGGGCGACGCCGACUCAGCUGCCAGUGAACACGCCGCCGGCCGCUUCGGCACCGUUUAAUGCUCUGUCAGAGUCGCCGCCGAUUCUCAAGAGACACAAGCGCAGUGACACAAGUGACUCGGCGCCGCUGCUCGAGCGGUCGUCAGUGGAGCGGUCGUCGUUGGGGGCAUCGCCGGAGUCGCCAAUACCGCAGGCAGCGGUGCUUGGCAAUACGUAUACGUUUUCGCCAAACACACAGUUCUCGGCUCCGCAGGCCAUUAGCUCGCUAUUCCCCUCCAUCGAGAACAACAGCCCGCUGGUUAUCGGCAAUGGCGGCAACCAGGCGUACAUUGACCUGGCGCUGCAGCAGGGCCGGCAGGACCCAAAUCUGCUGCUAAACGACAAGUUCAUGGAGUUUCUGAUGCUGAAUAAUCAGUCGCAGAUGGUUGCGUCCCAGGGACAGCAGCCGCAGUCAGCACAGGUGCAGCAGUCGCAGGCAGUGCAGCCUGGGAUUGCACCGGAGCUGACUAUGAACCACGCGUCGGCCAACAACACGCCAAGCUUUUGACCAUUUUCCUCUCUCACUCGACAAAAAAAUUCUACAUGUAUCAAUAGCAACGGCGGGAUCCUGCAGCUGACGGGCUUGCGAUUCGCUCGCAUUUUGCCGAGCGGAUGUUGAUGCUCCCCGGAGUAGGGGAAAGUAUCUUUCCGACUGCCUAUAAAUUGCAAACAGACCUGGCUUCACGGCCCGCCCUC